AUGAAGUCGAAACGCGUUUUCCGGGUCCGCGAAGCGACACCUGCCGAUCUCGAAGCGAUUAUAGACGUUUACUUUUCAGCCUUCGAAGAUAAUGUCAUGAAUCAGCUGAUGUACCCACGGGGGGUCACACCUACCUGUAGGAACAAGUUUGGCUCAAGAAUUCUCCCACAACGCCCCGCCGAUAACGAUGUCAAGCACGCUGGGGGAAAGACAGAAACCUUGGUCUGUGUUGCCGAAACCUUCCCAGAUAGCGAAUUAACUGAUGGCGCGGGAGAUAUCGUCGCAUUCGCUAAGUGGCAGCUGCAGCGUGAACCACUCUCUGAAGAAGAGUGGAAAAGCGAGGAAUUCAAAGCGACGACUGAAGUAUGGGGCGAAGACUGCGAUCUUUCUGUUGUGGACGCCUUCAUAGGCGGGAUGAAGCGGGUUCAGCGGGACAAUGCCAAAGGAGAAGCGGCCCUCUAUCUUAGUCUCCUUGCCUGCACUCCUGCUUUCCAACGCCGUGGGGCUGGGUCGGCUCUUGUGGAGUGGGGUGUCAACAUUGCCGACCACCUUGGGCUUCCAAGCCGGCUCGAGGCUUCUCCUGCCGGCUACGGUCUUUAUAAGAAGUUUGGCUACGAGGAUAUGGCUGUCUUCGACUUUCAGGUCACGAAGACUUGGGGCCGAGCCAAGCCGGCCGGCAGCGACUGGGGGGAGAACAAUGCCGUUGACCUCGCCGGCCCAGUCCCCACUGGAGCUCAGCGCAACGUGAUUAUGAGGCGACCACCGGGAACGGCUACGCAAACUGUGACCCCCAUCGACGAUUUCAUUGGCGACCGAGCCGCCGUUCGUUUGCGCCCCGUCACAACGCUAGGCAACAUGGCUGCCUCCGCAGCCCAAAAGGCAGCAACAGCCCCAGCAGAUCGCCAAACUCACCAGGAGCGUCGACCGUCUGGUACAAUCAACCUGAGCCGCUUGCCAAGUCGGUGCGAAAGCGGUCAUGGUCCCUCACACCGCAUCAUGGAUCCCGUCAGCGCUGCAGCUAACAUAAUAGCUAUUAUCCACGCCGCUAAUAAGGGAUGUCGUAAAGUCAUAUCAGAACUCGAGAGCCUUCUGCCGCCCGAAUCUCUGCUCGCCACGGACUCCAAGACAAAGGCCAUCUUGACUGCUUUGAGCUGGCUUACGAAGGAGUCUCGAGCGAAAACGCUUAUAGACGAGUUGCGGGAAUACAAGAUUACUAUAUCCUUAGCCCUGACUACCGACUCCUCUUUGGAUAUCAAAGAGACAAAGCAAAACACAGAGAAGAUCUUUGCAGCACUCAAUGAUGUACAAGAACGUCAGGUUUACAGCUGGCUAUACGGCACGGACCCAUCCGACAUUCAUGAAAGGUCCCGCAAAGUAUACGAACCUGGGACGGGGGAGUGGUUAUUCCGCUCUCCUGAGUGGGAGGAAUGGCUCAACGGGAAAUCCCGUUGUCUUUGGGUCCAUGGGAUUCCCGGCGCCGGCAAAACCGUCUUCGCUUCUCGCUUGAUAGAGGAGGUCAGGUGGCGCUGUGAUCUUCGCGGGCCAAGCUACGCCUGCGCAUACUAUUAUUGCUACUUUGGGCAUAGCCAGGACGAGACAGUACCAUUGCUCAGAUGGGUUCUGCUCGAGCUAUGCCGCAGAUUCGGCCGAGUCCCGGUGGCUGUCUUUGAUCUGUACAGACAUGGCGGCAACCCCACUGUUCGCGGCCUACUCCAAGCUCUUGAGCAGGCUGUCCAGGCAUUCGACAAGGUGUACAUCUUUAUUGACGCCGUGGACGAAAGUUUGGAAAGAGAAAAUCUGCUUAGAGUCUUGCAAAUCUUGGCCACUGAAACCCGGUUCGAGAACCUUCGUGUCUUAGUUACGAGCCGCGAGUACAUGGAUAUCGAAGACACUCUGCUGGCAAUAUCCACGCCUAUAUCGAUGAGAAAUUAUCUUGUCGACAAGGACAUCGCGCUCUACAUCCGAUCCAAACUUAACAGUCAUCCUCGAUUCCAGCGGUGGCCGGAACAGUCUCGGGAGCAGGCCUUCCAGGCAAUCAGAUCGAAAGCAAAUGGAAUGUUCCGAUGGGUGGUGUGUCAAAUCGAUGCACUACAACGCCUCAAACCAGAGAAGCGCAUCAUUGAAACUGCAUUAGCCAACCUACCCAGGAACCUGGAUGAGACCUACGAGCGCGUUUUUCUGCAAAUCCCCGAGGAGGCUCGUUCUUUUGUCCGACAUGUUUUCCAGUGGAUGAGUAGCCACUUGACCAUCCACCAAGCCAUUCCCGAUGUCCAGCCCAUACAAACUGUCAAUUUCUCCCCCAUCUACAUUCCGAUGUUGGCAAGUAUCUUGCUCGACAUCCUUUUCGCGGCGGUUAAAAAAAGUUUAUCCGCGGACGAAACGUGCGACCCCGAUUUCGUGGAUAGCUACGCGUUCGAUAAGGAUCUUCUUCGCGACUACUGUGGCUGCUUGGUUACGGUGACGAAACACCCUAUAAAAGAUCAUACCGCAGUUGUGGAGACUUGCACUGUGUCUUUUGCACACUACACAGUACUCGAAUUCCUAGAGUCGCCACGAAUACGCCGAGGGCCUUCCGCAGACUUUGCUCUCGACCGGCAACAAGUGUUAACCGAGCACAUCAAGACACUCAUUCUUGGAGCAGUCAAGUCUGCAGACCGAUGGAGCCAGGAUUGGCCUGAGAAACGUAGUCCCGAAUUCUACGGCGAUUUCGACCGGUAUUGCGUACAUUCAGCCGUCUUGCUGCUCCACUGGCAUGCCAAAGCACUACACUCCUUGCCGACACUGAGCUGGCUGCCUCCUGCAACACAGCUCCUGGAAACGCGCGUGCCAACCCCUCUGGGGAGCUAUUUCUGGUUCAACGAGAACGUUCUUAUGGAUCUGGAGAACCCGUUGGCGCCAUCCGUUGGCGCGUUCCGCGCAAUUCAGAAACUCAGAAUGCUCUCACCACCGCCCCAGCCGCAUCUUGAGAUGCUGGCACGCAUGCUCCAGAUGGAUGAGAGAGGCUACCUUGCUCGAUCGUUCCUAGCUAGUCUGGGACGGACCAGCGAUGACUUCGCAUGCCAAGUCGACCUGGAGUUUCAGCCCCGCGCGUGUUUCCUAUCAUCUCAAAUCCCCACGAGUCGGGAGGACUGGCAGAGUCAGAUGCUGAAGGUUGUCCGAUUCCGGGGUUCCAUGUUCGAAUUUUACGCCCAAUUGCCUACCAUUGGCUUGGCGCAUCAGGGGUUUUAUGAGAUGCUCGAUUUUGCCGCGGGCCAUUUCGAUCCAUCAACGAUUUUGCUAUUCGCCGUUGUAAACCACCAGCACAACGGUGAAGGCCCACAAUGCUGGGGCUGCCAUGUACUGACAAAACUGCUGCGACUCGGUGCCGAGGCAACGGCUCCAGGUUUCGCCGUCUGCGCGAUGCAGAUUGCAGCCACGCGCAGGGAUAUGGUAGCCAUGAGCCUCCUGCUCGAUGCAGGUUUUGAUCCGAACGAUGUCGGAGACCCUUGCGGCGAUGUCGGCAUACCUGAGAGAGGACCGAUGCUCGUUUGGUGUCGAAAUAUUCGGGGAAGGAGUCCUCUAAACAUUGUCAAGAAUUAUUCUUAUUUAACGAGGCAGAGUCUAAACACUUGGUAUGACGUGCAGGCUCAGAAUUCACGACCGGUGCCGCGUCAAGAACGGAAACCAAUCGAUGGAGAGGUCGCCGCUCUCCUCCUCCGACACGGCGGAAAGGAUUUCCAACUCUGCACAGAUUAG